AUGAAUGCCAUCAAGUCCACCGUUCUAGACAAGUUUGCUGCCAACCCAGUGGUGAAAGAGGUCAUAGAUAUUGCCACAUACUCCGGCGAUCGCAUGCAGCGACUGAAAGAAGUCACAUUGGACGAAACCCAGAACCACAAGCUGCGCCACAUUCUAAAGCACUUCCUCACUCCCAGCAUCAAGCCAAUCUUUGUUGAUGAUGAAGACGCUACUUCACCCGAUGAUCAUCGUGUCCCCGAUGACUGGUUGGCCAUGGUGGACCAAGACUUGAAGAUGCCUUUCCGCAUGUUCGACGUCGAGACCAGAAACAUGGUCAGCACAUUUAACCUUGGUCUGCAUGACCAGUACUGUAUCGUUUCCCACAGCUGGAAAGGGUCUGAAAUUGGCUACGGAUACUUCGCCAAUGCCAGAACAUUCGAUCCUAAGAAAAACUCUCAGGCCGGCGACCAAGGCGCACAGGUUGAGGGUUUGCAACCCGAGGAGGCGAAGUCAAACUCGAACGACCUAAGCAACGUGAUUGAAAGGUGCAGAUCUGAUAUCAAACAGUUGGAGGAAAGCCUUGAAGCCGCACUCCCCUACGUCAAAGCCAGAAAAGAUGGACGAAGACCUGCGGAUAUCGCAACGCUUCUCCAAUGGUUUAUCGACGCCAAUGGCGCCGAGUAUGAUCUCGGGAGAUCACAAAAAGCGCUUCAUGAUGCCACAGGAAACCUUUCAAGUGCCGAGCGCGAGGCAGACUAUUAUGAAGAUCUAUGGAAAAAGCUCAAUCGUGCCCAAGCCAAGGUUUUCGUUUCUGAGGCUGUUGCGGGAAAGGAGGAGGCAGAAAAGACCGAGAAGGAACAGAAAGAGGACGAAGAUAAGGGGGCAGAGAGGAAGGAAGCAGAAAAGACGGAAGUUCACUUAGCAAUUAACCGUCUGAAAGAAGGAGCAUGUAUCCAGCACAAACAGGCGGAAGAGAAGUUCCAGGCCGCUUCAACAGCCAGAAAUGAAGCGGAAGACACAAUCAAGUUUUUUGACGAUAAUCGUGAAUUGUGCUACGGAAUCGAGAAAUUGUUGGUUUCCUUACAACACAUCCGGUCCUCACGCAAGAUCGAUCACUCAAUCACCCAGGCGAAGAAGCUGUUCGAUACGCACUUCCCAAAAGGCGGAAAAAGAUACGUGUGGCUUGAUACUUGCUGUAUUAACAAGGCUGACAGUUAUGAGUUGACUGAGUCUUUGGCUUUGAUGGGUGACUGGUAUGCCAAUGCCGACUUCUGUCUGGUGCACCUAGACACUCCCCGCUCGGAGUCUUCAUGGAUUGAAGAAUGGAAGCAUUGGAAGGUCGCUUCCUAUGAGCCCAUAGAAGUCAACAUGGAGGAGUUUGAGAGAAUUGGCUUUGAUGGGGCUGAUGAGACCGACAAAGCUAAUAACCAGGUGGAAUGGGCAACGCGAGGAUGGACAUUGCAAGAGCUGGUGCUGAGCAAGGUCACCUACUAUGUCAAUUCGCAUUGGAAGAAUUUGGUCAGACCCAUCGAGCACAUUGGCCCCUUCUACCACCUCCGUCCCUUCAUUCAACGCUAUCGGCGUCACCCAUUUGUCCAGAAUUUCAGAACUAUCCCCGCUGAGCAAAUGGCAAAACUUGAGGAGUUGCUGGACCCCGAGGUUAUUCAAAAGGAGAUGCCUCGGGAACGAAAACUCUCCCUUAUGCUUCAUAUCUUGGAAUUUUCGCCGCCGAAACACUUGAAAGAGAAAAUGGCUGAAGCCCAGAUCGGCAAGGCGGUACUUACUGCUAGUACCAAGUUACCCAGUUUGCUAAAGGGCUUGGUUGAGAAUAAGAAAAACUUCGAUGGGUCCUGUUUAUCAAAUCUUAUGGACCAGGAAGGUCAUCUGAAUGAAAGGAUCGCCGUCUUCAAUCAUAUGUUGGCUAGUCUGGUUGAUCUGACGGAUGAGGCUAUUAUCGCGGAUCGGAAGGCUAUUUCAAAAUUCAGCAAAGUUGAGAACUUGACAAACUGGAUCACUGGGGACGGACUCUUGGAUUCCUCUGCAAGUACCUCUCUGGUCACCGCUUCGUCACGACAGACCACGGUCCCAACUGACCAGGCGUACUCUUUGAUGGGUAUCCUCGGUGUGCGAUUUCCAGCUUUCCCGGCAGAAGGAUUGCCUAAAGCCCUGGCCCGGCUGUUAGAUGAAGUGGUAAUUUCAUAUAACGAUGUUUCGGUAUUCAACUGGACCGGGAAACACCACGGUAGUCCCCUUCACGGACGAUCGCUGUAUCCUGCGACCAUUGAUGCGUUUGUGAAUCCUGUGAGCAAUCCAAAGCUUAAAUCGCAGGCGGAGACCAACCAGCAGAUUCUCAAGCUCUUUAGGGACCAGCGGGUGCGGCAAAGUGAAAUUGCCACGAAUGUGAACUUAUGCUUAACCGAAAUUCUGAAAGCCACAAAGGAAAUUCCGGACUGUCAUCCGGUGUUUGGCGAUCUGGUUUUCCUAGUUAGGAAAAUCAGGCUUGCCAAUUUUGAUACCCUCAAGCCCUGUAUCGGAAAUUUGAGGAAGGUCGUUACGUCCCUUGUGGAUGAACAGGUAGAGAUCAAGACGAAAGACGAAGUGAAGAGCGCCGAGAAGAAAAUGGACAGCAAGGAAAAGACACCAAGUGAAAAACCAGGAAGAUUUGGCUUGGGGCGUAUUAAUCCAUUGCCCAAGUCCGUCAAGUCACUCGAAGUGCCCAAGUUGCCAUUUGGGAGAAAAUGGCCGAGUACGCAGGCAACCGAGACAGAUGCACCAAACGAGGUUUCCACGCAAAAAGAAUUCCCUACGCCAGAAACAGAGGAUCCGUGCCCCGGCUUUGGGCACCAUACCGAGCCUUUGGACACAUACAUCCAGCAUGUUCUUGAUGUCCUGGCUUACUACACGACAUCCAAAACAAAAUACAACCACGCAUCUGAGGCACGAGAGAAGGACAACUCAAACGACGAUACGAACAAUACAACCAGUCUCAGGGCGAAGUCGCAAUCCCAAAACAGAAGAAUGGUUUGUCCCAACCCAGUCACAGUGAGCACUGCCGGUAUCCGAGGCAUCUUUGAUAUCCAACGAAUCAUUGUCGAUAUGGUUGAGCCCAAGACACUACGUUCCCGAAUCCGAAACGCUGUCAGCGGCCAGUAUAUUGAUGGUUGGUGUACCAUCAGCACUGGAUUCGCCGUCACUCUGGUUGCUUUCUCGUGUGAGCGGGACAUGCUCGAGCAGCAGCUUGAUCUGGUGGAUGUCAUCAAGCGUAAUUUUGAAGCCUCCAAGAAGAAGAACAACGAGGACUCCGACAACAAGGACACUGCAGCAACCAACGAAGAUGCGCAGAAAGUCUCUCAUCAAAACUCCCAGCAAGGCGCUCAACAAGAGGCUAAAUCUAGGGGCAAUUCCAAAUCUCCGUCAAGCAAAGAUAGUUUCUUGAGCCAAGUCAACCCGGAAAAGAGCCACGAGCAGAAGAAGGUCUCCCGCAUGAUUUCGUUUGUGCAGAGACCUGAUCUCCACAGCAUUGCCGGUGAAUGGGUUCUGUCCAGAUUCACAGGUGUUCCCGGGGCAAAGUGGUUCCUGUGCCGCCUCGAACUGGGGGCUGGAAACGAUUUCUAUGGGCGGCGAAUUCCCACAGAUGCUUUUAGCUUCGAAGACGCCGCUCCUGAACAAGGUCUGACGGAAUACUGGCACCACUUCACUGCUGAGAAGAAAGCACGCACUUGCGAUACACUUGAAAUCGCUCUCUACGGGAAGAAGCAGAUGACUUCCGCCAGUGACGAGGUGCAGAAAUUGCUGCAUUCAUGGAAAAGCGACACAAAAGAUACUGAGAAGUCUCCUCUCGAGCUUGCAAUGGAAGUAGCGCAAAAUGUUUCGUGGGACAAGGUUGCCAACGUGGGCAAAGCGACAGGAAUGGUGGUGACCGGCCUCGGUUCUGAGGCCUGGGCCGAUUAUCUUGACUCGCGCAUCGAUAAGUGCGCUUUGAAGCUCAUCCCGGUGCCGUUACGGACGCCUGUGAAGGAUCUCGAUCGUAACCGAAAGCUGUUACCGUCCAUGUUUCACGCCGGGCGCGAGGUGCAUAUGUUCUGA